GUUUGCGCAUGCGCGGUGGGUUGAGUCUCCACGGUUCGCAUGGUGUGUUUAAGUUCCCCUCCUGAGGGUGGGUGGUCUCCAUUUGUCAAACACACUCCUGAAGUGACCUUAAACACACACACGCCAUGGCCGGAGCCGAGGAGACCUCCAUCCCCGACAGGCCGAGCCUCCCGGAGCUCGUCGUUAAGGUCGUGUCCGCCUGCACGGACAGAAAGGGCCUGUCUUUCUACGCGCUGAAGAUGGCGCUGGCUUCUGAAGGCUACGACUUCAAGCUGCACCUCCUCAAACGCAGCGUGCUGGCGUUAGUGCGGAACGGGGAGCUCGUACAGACGAACAAGUGCGGCCUGAACGGCCGACUCAAGGCGCCAAAGCCCGAGAAGGUGAGCAAGAAGAAGGCGGCCGAAGCCAAGGAGCCUAAAGCUAAAAAGAGCUCGGAGAAGAAGGAGCCGAAGAAGCCGAGGAAGCCGAGGAACGCGGUCGUCGUUACUCUGGAGUGAACUCCAAAGAUGGCGGCCUCACCCAGCCCACACGGCUCUGUUCAGAGCCACCAACUGUUCCACAAGGGAGCCGAACACCUGCGUGCUGUCUGAGCUGAUACAAACACGCAGAGACACCACGACUUCACGGCACACACCUGUAACCCCGCAGAGCUGCGUGACUCAUUACACCGCACAGGGCCGUGUACCUUCAUCACAAAGGGAGCUGGCUCAAAUGCUAACUGCUAACCGUGUUUGUAGUUCAGCACCAAGACUGAUAAAAUAAAACUGUUCAUCCCUCAAUAUGUUUCAUAUGUUAAAAAGACUUAUUUUGAAACGUUUUUAUGUAUUGUACAGAUAGUGCUUUUAUUUUGAAAUCCGCCCAGACACAGGAAGCUGAGAGUAAGAAUGUAAACACGUGUUGCAUGUUUGAUUUAUGUUAAAUA